ACCCUAGGAGUACUCCUCUCCUCGCUGUGCUCCGACUGAGGAAGUGAGACUGAAGGGUGGAGGUCAGAAUGUACAGGGCUUCCAGGCGCUCCAUCUCCGCUGCUCUGCGCUCCAGCGCUCAGCUUCGGAGCUCUGUUGUUCCCUCCGUCGACGCCACUCGGCAAUCUGUAUUGGGGCAAGAAGAUGCACAAAAGAGGUCCCCAUCGAGGUGGUAUUCUUCGUUAAAUGGUGUUAGUGGUGAUCGGGUUAACUGCAGUCGGAGAACUGUCUUUGCGCUACCUGUUUCUGCUUCUACAUUAGGCGCAAGAAAUGGUUAUCUUGGUCGCACCCGACAUGAAGCAACUGCAGUGUCGAUUGAUGGUUCAGAACUACCAGUUGAAAAAUUUGAAUACCAAGCUGAGGUUAGCCGCCUUAUGGACCUGAUUGUUCAUAGCUUGUACAGCAACAAGGAAGUCUUCCUACGAGAGCUGAUCAGUAAUGCUAGUGAUGCACUGGAUAAGCUGCGAUUUCUGAGUGUGACAGCGCCAGAACUACUCAAAGAAGCUGUUGACUUGGAUAUCCGCAUCCAGUCAGACAAAGAUAAUGGGAUAAUCACGAUCACGGAUUCUGGAAUUGGUAUGUCUAGAGAAGAGUUAGUUGAAUGUCUUGGAACUAUUGCACAAAGUGGAACGGCAAAGUUCUUACAGGCUUUAAAGGAUAGCAAGGAAGCUGGUGCGGACAACAACUUAAUUGGACAGUUUGGUGUUGGGUUCUAUUCUGCAUUUCUCGUGUCAGAUAAGGUGGUUGUAUCAACAAAAAGUCCAAAAUCUGACAAGCAGUAUGUUUGGGAAGGAGAGGCUGGUAAAAGCUCCUUCACCAUUCGAGAAGAGACAGAUCCUGAAAAGCUUAUCCCACGGGGCACUCGUCUUACACUUUAUCUGAAGGCAGAUGCUAAGGAUUUUGCUCAUCCUGAAAGGAUUCAGAAGCUCGUGAAAAAUUACUCACAAUUUGUUUCAUUUCCAAUAUACACCUGGCAGGAGAAGGGAUAUACAAAAGAGGUCGAGGUUGAUGAGGAUCCAGCUGAUGCAGAAAAGGACGGGGAAGCUGACAAGGCAGAGAAAAAGAAGAAGACUAAGACUGUAGUUGAGAGAUAUUGGGAUUGGGAAUUGACUAAUGAGACCCAACCUAUAUGGUUACGGAAUCCUAAAGAUGUAGCCACAGAGGAAUAUAAUGAGUUCUACAAGAAAACUUUUAAUGAAUAUUUGGAUCCACUAGCUUCAUCUCACUUUACAACAGAGGGUGAAGUUGAAUUUAGAUCGAUUCUUUUUGUGCCUGCAAUUGCCCCUUCACGUCGAGAUGACAUACUUAAUCAAAAAACGAAGAACAUUAGACUCUAUGUCAAACGUGUCUUUAUAUCGGAUGACUUUGAUGGAGAGCUGUUCCCAAGGUAUCUGAGCUUUGUCAAAGGUGUUGUAGACUCAAAUGAUCUUCCUCUCAAUGUCUCUAGAGAAAUUCUUCAGGAGAGUCGUAUUGUUCGAAUAAUGAAAAAGAGGCUAGUAAGGAAAACAUUUGAUAUGAUCUUGGGCAUUUCUCAGAGUGAGAACAGAGACGACUAUGAUAAGUUCUGGGAGAAUUUUGGUAAGAACCUAAAAUUGGGCUGUAUUGAGGAUCAUCCAAAUCACAAACGCAUUGCACCACUUCUUAGAUUUUUCUCAUCUCAAAGUGAGGCGGAACUUAUCAGUCUGGAUGAGUAUGUUGAAAACAUGAAGGCAGAUCAAAAGGAUAUAUAUUACAUUGCUGCAGACAGUGUUGCAAGUGCAAGAAACACACCUUUUCUGGAGAAGCUUCUUGCUAAGGACUUUGAGGUUCUGUUUUUGGUUGACCCCAUUGACGAAGUUGCCAUCCAAAGCCUCAAAAGCUAUAAGGAGAAGAACUUUGUAGAUAUCAGCAAAGAGGACCUUGAUUUGGGUGAUAAGAAUGAAGAGAAAGAGAAAGAAAUGAAGGAGGAGUUUGGCAAAACUUGUGAUUGGAUUAAAAAGCAGCUGGGUGAGAAGGUUGCAAGUGUACAAAUCUCUAACCGGCUAAGCACCUCCCCCUGUGUUCUUGUUUCUGGAAAGUUUGGCUGGUCUGCUAACAUGGAGAGAUUGAUGAAGGCACAAACUCUAGGGGAUACUUCUAGCUUGGAGUUUAUGCGCAGCAGGAGAGUUUUUGAGAUAAAUCCCGAGCAUCAGAUCAUCAAAGAUUUGAAUGUUGCUUGUAGAAGCUCCCCAGACAAUCCGGAAGCUCUAAGAGCAAUAGAUCUUUUAUACGACGCUGCUCUCGUGUCUAGUGGAUUCACGCCGGAGAACCCAGCGGAGCUAGGGUCGAAAAUAUAUGACAUGAUGAGCAUGGCACUGUCUGGCAAAUGGACGGGUUCAAGUGCUGAGGUUCAGCAGCCGCUGGAUCAUUCUCAGAGGUUAGAGAACCCAGAAACCGUCGAGGCCGAGGUAGUAGAGCCAGAACGAGCUGGUGGUCACAAGUGAGGAACAGAUUGGUUGUUGUCUUUUUGAGAGAGAGAGUUUAUUGUAGAAACAUUUACAUAGCAAUGAUCUGAUCAUGGGCCAGGUCACAUAAUUUAAGAAAUUUUCUA